AUGCUCCGGAAAACUGAAGAUGAACGACCUAAGCGUGAGGUACUCGUUCGUCUCAGUUGUUCCACAUGGGUCAUAUGUAUGAUUCGAUUGAUUUUAAUCCGUACCCAACGUGAGGCUAUUGUGCCACAGACGAGAGUGCCUGAUUCCACUUUCUUCACUCCAACCCAUUCGACUAUUAACUACUCGACACCUAACUCUAUUCAAACAGCCUGUUACCGCUAUGAAGCCAUUGAUCGAGAACCGGAUCCAUCUGAGAGCAUAGGAUCUUUACCAUCAGCCAACCUUCGCAAGCACGAUGUUGGAGCUUUAUUCUAUUGGAAAAGCUUUCUUGGAGCGAAGACAGACGGUUUGGUCAAUAUGGGCAACAAGCAUCUUCAAACCGUGUCCGGUUCCGAUCAGCGUACCCUGGUGAUGGCAGGCUUGGCCGGAACUCGAUCUCCAGACCAUACAAGUGUUGUAGUGAGCUACUUCCCCUACACCACAUGCUUCCUAAAAGCGUUAAUGGGGACACUGAGUGACUGUUUGCCAAAUCAUCAUUGUGGACCUCCUAGGCUUGGAUUCCGGAUCAUGCGCCCCUAA